UUCAAAAUCAGAUUCUUUUCCACUACUCUCUAACCAAUGACGAUUAAACCAAGCCACAAGAAUAGUCUACAGUCAACAGACAAGUACGAUGAAGCUAUCAAGAUCUUGGAGGAAGAGACAACACGACGAAUUGAAGAUAUACAACAACAAGUUGAAUUUAUGUGUGCUUCUAUACGCGCUCAAGGCAAUACAGAUAUCAACAAGAUGCUCAAGUCUGUUCGGGAACUAACACUAGAAGAGUUUUGUGAGACCUUUGGUGCAAGUACACAACUAUUUCUAGAGCAGCAAACAAAAAAACGCAUUGGUACUGAUACGUCAAGGAAAAAGUAGGUCAUGUCUUGUUAAUAUGAGCUAUUUACAUUGCUGCAUAGGUCCAUUCAAUUACAGACUGAACAAGAACCUAUUAGAAUAGAGCCAUUUUCUGUGCAGAUAAAUAAUGAAACAAGUAUACAUCUAGACCCAAAUCAAACUGGUGAUUUAGACGCAUUCCCUAUUAUCAUACCACCCCAAAUUCAACAACAGCUUAAUUCCACUCAAAAAGAGCGUGUUGUUCAACAAAUACAAGCACUGGAGACUCAAUUAGAAUUAGUCAAACAACACUUUAUGUAAAUAAACACACUCAGCUUAUUAAUACAAUUUACUCUAUUUACAGAUGUUUGGGAC